CUCACCUGAGACCGAUACUAUUGAAGGCGAAGACUUUGCUGAGGCACCGAAUUCGUUGAUAUCCGUGGCUCCAAGUGGCAAGGUUUCGAGCUUCACAGAAAGAGAAGCCGUGGAAACGUCGUUUCCUGGUGUGGAUCAUAUGGCAGAGUAUAACGUAAUGUAGUAGGCUCACCUGUUCUGGUUCCGCGAGAUCCUGACCACCUCCUAUUCAAGCUAGCAGCUAGACGACGACCUCUAAAGAUAGGAGUCUUAGGUUGAAGAUGUCACCACUGCUUACGCUGAAGAUUGCCGACACUGUUACUCGUCACUCACCCCUUCUUCAUAAGUUUUUGGAAUUUGAGCAAGGACGUUCGCAAUGGCUUGGAGGAAAUCAAAAACAGCAUUCAAGCGCUGCAUCAAGAUCAACAACAACAAGAGGACGGAGUGGUGAAUGGAGUAGUGGCAAAAUUAGAAGCGGUAAUCAAAAACAGCAUUCAAGCGCAUCAACAACAACAACAGGAUGGAGUGGUGAGUGGAGUAGUGGCAAAAUUAGGAGAGGUAUUUUCUGACAAAGUUUCAGCAAAUGGAAAUGAGCUACAGCAGAUUACAGUAUCCGAUCGAGAACAAAUAAAGGAGUUGCGUCAGGAGGCGAAACAAGUAGAAGUUUUACAAGCACGACAUCGACAGCAGACAGAAGUAUCCCAGGGAAUUAUAUGGGAGUUGCGUCAAAAAGUAGAACAAGUUUUAGAAUUAUGGCGCACUCUGAUCCAUUUUCGGAUGCAUCUCAGAGACGUUUUCAAGGGGAAAACGCUCUCAGGAUGAGUUUCGAGAUGGAUUAGGGUGCGCUCUAAUAGAAGUAGAAAAACGACGGCAGCAACAGCAGGAAGCACAACCCGCGGCGUUGGCGGAGUCGAAAGUUAAGUACAAGCAGGACUCCUGCCACUAGAAGAGCUAAAUCACCCGCCGCUGCAAAUGCACAACAUUCCAAUCGAUAUGAAAAGCACUGCUAGGCACAAUGACGGUGCCCCCUUAUUUGUGCCUCGCGAUACACUAGCGAAAAUACUGACAUCGCCGAGCGUCUAUACCUCUAGUCCUACUUGUUGAAUGUCAAAAGCUUGACCAAGGCGACCGAAGUUUGCACUUGGACUGACGAGUCAAAGUCUGUAGCAGAGGGCACUAAAAGAUACGCAUAAACACUCCCCGGGCUUGGGCGCCCCGGGAGACGGCGCGUCUCGACCUCCGUCGCGAUUGUUUCGGGGCUCUGUGUAUUCCACUGCCCUGCGCCACCUGCUCGCCAGGGUCUUCCUUGCGCAUUGUACAGCGGCGCGCGCGUCUUUGCUCCCGUCGCGACUGUCUCGGGCCUCUUCUCUACUGCGUUACCCGCUCGUAGCCGAGAGGCCUCGCGUGCGUGGUUUCUGCAGCGGCGCGCGCGUCUCUACCCCCGUCGCGGUUUUUUCGGGCCUCUAUCCCAGCACUGCGGCGCUCGUUCGCCGCCUGCCUAGCGGCUCCCGGCGCGCGCUGUCGUUGCUCUGUUGUUGUUGUCGUUGGGCUUUUCUGUUGCUUUCUGUCGUCUUCUAUUGUCUUCCGGUGUUGCCUUCUGUCGUCUUCUGUUGCCUCUUGUCAUCUCCUUGCUGUUUUCUGUUGUCGUCUGUUGUGGUUGUCUCGUGUUGUUCUCUUCUGUUUUUUGCUGGUUUCUGCUGUUCACUUCUUUUGGGCCUCGCGUGCCAGCGGAGGCAGAAACCUGCAGCGCCGUGCGGGGCUUGUGGCGUCUUGUUCGUCGUGGUGUCUAUCUUGUUCGCCGUGUCUUGGCCGUAGUGUCUUGGUUGUGGUGUCUUGUUCGUGGCGUCUUGUCCGUGGGGUCUUGUUCGUGGUGCUUUGUUUGUGGUGUGUUUUUCGUGGUGUCUCGUUCGUGGUUCCUUGUCCGCGGUGUGCUGUUCGUGGUGCAGUCUCUCUUGUAUGUUCGUGGUGUCGGUCUUGUUCGUGGUGUCUUGCUCGUGGUGUCUCGUUCGUGGUGUCUUGUUCGUGGUGUCUUGUCUGUGGUGUCUUGUCUGUGGCGUCUUGUCUGUGGUGUCUUGUUCGUGGUGUCUUGUCUGUGGUGUCUUGUCUGUGGCGUCUUGUCUGUGGUGUCUUGUAUGUUCGUGGUGUCUUAUUCGUGGCGCCUUGUUCGUGGUUCUUGUUGUGCAUUUUUUCCAGCUGGUGGCGUCUUGCGGGUUCUCUACUGUUCACACUGAAGGGGCCUUCAGGGUCUUUUGAGUGUUCACUCGAACGGGGUCUUAAGGGUCCUUUAAUGUUCACACUAAAUGCCCGCUAGUGUUCACAUUAGAGGCGUCUUAGAGGUCUUUUAGUGUUCAAACUACAUGGGGAGGGGGUCCUUUAGCAUUCACCUUAGCGGCGUCUUCAGGGUCUUUGGGUGUUCACACUAAAGGUGAAGAGUGUUCGGGGGUUUUUUUGAUGGUUUUUCAAUGAAGUAUAAUGUACUUAUAUGUUGCCCCCUCGGAGCAUGGAGUUGUAGAUGAGCUUUUUACGCAACAUUUGUCCCACAAUAUCUCGUUUGCUGAUACCACUACUAGUUCUAGAAGUGCUACGUAUCUGUAUAAUUAAUUUUCUUCCAUUUGAUGAACCAGAGUGACUUCAUCUUCCUUUUUGAUGAAUAAGUUAACACAGCCAGACUGCUAAUGCUGAAGGUAGGAGCGACCGCGAACAGAUCUUGGCGGCGAUUUCGGAAGCGAAGUCGACCCUGAAGGACGCGAUUUCGGCAGAGGUGUCGACCCUGCAGGAAUCGAUGAAGGAUACACGCGCGCAGGCUGGUGCCUUAAGCAGAGUAGGUGAACAACAACGCAAAGCAGAUGAACAAGAUGAACAGCAAAAACAACAAGGACAACAACAACAACAACAACAGCAAGAACAACAAGGACAACAACAAGAACAACAACAAGAACAACAACAAGACGGGAGACUAAGUAUUGUGAAACAAUUACGCGACAUCACUGCAACAGCGACAGGCCUCAGGGACAACAUAAGAGCACUACUGGCAGCGCCGGAGCCUAUCAACCCGCCGUCUACUCCUGAAGAAGAUAAUUAUGACGUCUUUAGCUCUAGGUCUAGUUUGGUAGAUCAUGCUUGUACUAUGCUCUUGGCAUUUCUCUCACGCUUACCACUUAUAAUGUGAUGAAGCUAGAAGUGGAAAGAGCAGACAGGCAGGAGUUUGCUUCCACUUCUAGCUACAUGAAAGCAGUAAUUUCUUCAUAGGGUGCGCAUUUCGUACGUUAUUAGCUCUAACACAUGACAGCCGUUGCCUCCGGCAUUGCCACAUUAGAAGCGGUGCGUGAAGACGUCCAAGAAGCACUUGUGAAACUACGCCUAAAACACGAGCCACUACAGAUGCACGAUAUACUCGACUCUUUGGGCGAAACGGCUGGCGUAUCAUUUGUGCCUCCCAGCAUACUCUUGAAAAUAUCAGAAAGCACUGCAGAUGGUUUCCGGAGGGAGGCUCUUGGAAAAGAACUACAAGCAGUGAGAAAAAAUGUGCAGGUAGUCGACAAACGGGUAUGAGUCCAUUGAUUAAGAGUUAGGUCAUGAGAGUGUCAGCUUAUGUAUAUUUUUUUGUAAAACGGGAACUGCGUGUGAAGGCGAUCAUUGUGGAAGAACCACGCGCGACAACCUCAUACCAACCCUCUUAAUCAGUUGCACCGUUCUUUCACACAACGAUAUGGCAAACUUAGGUCAUGGUCGAGUACCCGACACCAAUUGGCUGGACCCUGCAAAGACAGCCCAGUUGCCUAAUGUGGUCUACUACAUCAAUUUCGUAACAACAAAUCCUGAGAAGCAUGCAGAACCAGCGAUCUCAUACAAUGGACAAGUCGAUCUUCUGAACGAAAAGAUGCUCGUGCAAAUGUGCCGCAACAGAUAUGACUUCGACGCUGAAGCCGAACGACGAGUAGUAAGUCUUGCCGCCCUUGAGCGGAUGAAGGUCAUCAGCCCGAGCGAGACACAGAAUCAGAAUGCUAGCCCAGACGAAGUUUCUGGUCUUGCUGCUUUGUUCGAAAGUCAGAUUCGUGGCUCUACAGAGCAGCCACGCAAAGUCGUACUACACCAAUUCCAGUGGCGGAAAAGCGUGCUUCACCAGGAUGCUAUCCUCUCAAAAGAGUACCUGCUUGACUAUACCGCAGAAGGCCAACAGAAGGCUGUGCAAGGCGUGAAAGAAUACCUCAGGAAACUGGGGAAGAUAGGAGAUGUCAAAUAUGAUGCUGCCGGUGGUUUCCGAUAUGUGUCACAGGGUCAAGUUCUCAGGAUAGAAUGUGCAACUCCAUCAUCUGAGAAUCCGACCAAGAACGCGGUUUUUAGAGAAAUUGAUAUUUUUUUUAGGUUCAUCAAGGGUGCGACUGAGGCCGAAUUAAGAAAUGAGCUAAAAGGGUUUCGUUAUACGGAAGAUGUGUCAUCAUAGAUGAUGAAUUUAGUACUAUUAUUAAGUCGAAAUCGUCAGGGAAUAUAUCUUAGGUACACAGCCGAUGAGUUUCCUCAAGCUGUCAUAUUCAUAUUGUGUCUCUGGCCUCUUGUUGAAGGAUGUCCUCGAACCCGAAGAAACUAGAUUGAGGUGUGGAUGUUUUCUUUGCUUUUUUUAUCGAUGUCACAUAAGAUGCAUAGAUCGACUCAUGUCAACACAAAAGAAAUGGUCCCAUUCUGGUGGCGGAAAUCCAGAUUCUCCAGAAAGAAAAUAACACGUACUCCAGGACCAGGAGAAGUGCUGCGAUGCAAGUUGAGUCUCUUUUUCUGUAAAUAGGGAGUAUGAGCAAGGAAACCGAAGUAUUAAUUUGAAGGACGGAAUCUUAAAACAAGAAAUAGCACAGAAGACGAAAAAUUAC